AUGAUCACCAAAAUACUAAGAAAACCGAUUUCUCAGUUAAAUCCGAUAGCGAUUAUCCGCCAAAUAUCUAGUCAUAGCAAAAUUGUAGUGACAGACGAUGGAACCACGAUUGUAGCAUGGCACCCUAAAGACGAUUUUCCAUACGAAUGCACCAGGCCCCUGCCCGAAAGAACCGUCGAGAAAUCUACAUCAGUUUUAAAAACGAACCUUACUCCAGAGGUGAUGUCCAUUUUCAACAAGAAAACCCCAGAGCAGGCCCGGCAAGAGCUUAUGAAUAUCACACAUACUACGAAGCAUAGGUGGUUUCCCAGGGCUAGAGACAAGAAGGCAAAGAAGACUCCUAUGGAUAGAGAAUAUUUGUAG